AUAAAAUUAUGCUAAAAACAUUACAAUUGGUCUUACCAAAUAAACACAUACUUUGCUGUAAUUGUAAAUUAUCUAUUGCAUCAUGGCACGUGAACUCAAAUUCUAAAGCUCGUAACAUCUUUAAUAUAUCAAAUUUAACAAAUAAAAAUAGAGAAUAUGUGAAAAAGGAGUUAAUUGGUUAUUCCAUGCAAGAAAUGUAUGAAGUUGUAGCAGAUGUAACGAAUUAUUAUAACUUUGUACCUUACGUGAAAAAAUCACAUGUCCACAGUCAACAACAAAAUGGAUUUAGAGCAGAUCUUAUUGUCGGUUUUCCACCACUUAAUGAAGCUUAUACAUCGACUGUUUCCUUAAUGCCACACAGUUUAGUAAAAUCUGUUUGUAAAGAUGGACGUUUAUUCAACUAUCUUCUAAAUGAGUGGCGUUUCAGUGCCGGUUUAAAGGAUAUUCCACAAUCUUGUGUUGUAGAUUUUAAAGUUUCUUUUGAAUUUAAAUCAUUGUUACAUAGUAAUAUAGCAAACUUAUUUUUUGACUUAAUAUGUGAUCAAAUGGAACAUGCAUUUGUAAAAGAGGCUAUACGUAGAUAUGGUGCACCCUCAAUAAAAUCGCAUAUUUUAUCGACACGCAGAUCUUGACUAUUAAAUAAUAAUUAGUUUUAUUAAAUUUAUUACUAUUUCUAUUCCUAUAUAAUUGACUCUUCUGUAUCUUUAACUAUAGUUAUUUUUUACAGCUUGUAUUAGGUCAAAUUUAACUUAUCGAUAACUAUUGUUAACAUAUCGUUCAUUCAAAUUACAUAGCAGGAUAGUAAUAUUAUAUUUCCUAAGCCAUUUGGCAGCAAAAUGCAUAAGUUGCAAGAGUAAAAAGAGGAAAAUACACCUUAUAUCUUAUUUUCUUCAAAACUAAAAUUUAAAAACAAAAUGUACAUUUUAUA